AUGGAGGUCAAAAGAGAUGAUGAAGCCCUCUCAGUGGCUGUUGCGAGACAGGUCGGCCAAAGUCACCGCCAGGGCUUUGGAACACCAUCAACCUACUCUAGCGGCGACAACGCUGCAACGCUGGACAGUCGCAUCGUCCGCAAAAUUGAUUUGCGCCUCUGUACUAUCGCGGGGUUACUUUGCGCCCUUGAUCUGAUCGACUCUGGUAUCAUGUCCUCGGCAUCGGCGACGUCUAUGCCGGCAGACCUUGGUCUGACCGGGGAUCGCUACUCGACGGCUAUCUGGAUUGUGAUCUUGGCCCAGGUGCUUUUCAAGUUGCCGGCUACUAUCAUUAUGCGAUUCGUCGGCCCUCCCAUCUUCUUCACGGUUACUACCGUUUUGUUCGGACUCAUAACAUUGUGUAUGGGAUAUGUGACGGACUGGAGACAGAUGAUCGCUCUGAGAUUCCUCAUGGGCUUGGCCAUGUCUGGUAUCUACCCUGGCCUGGCAUACCUCAUAUCAGCCUGGUAUACCCGCAAGGAACAACAGCUACGAUUCGCCUAUCUACAGUCAGGACAGGUCAUCGUAGUCGCAACCGGCAGCAUUGUUAACUAUGGCCUGGAUCUGCUGGACAUGUCGCACGGCCUGCGAGGAUGGCAAUGGAUGUUCAUCGUCCAAGGGGCCAUCACCAUGUUCCUCGGGCUGUUGACCUUCCUAUGGAUACCUGGCUUUCCGGAGAAGGCCACCGAGACUCUCUGGUUUCUGACAAAAGACGAAGCAGACCAGGUGCUCACUGCCAUCGACGAAGACCGCCAAGACGCCGGACCACCUGAGCCAUUCAACUGGGCGGCUAUACUGAGGCCUUUUCAGGACAUCAAGCUCUAUGCAUUCAGUGUCCUCUUCUUCCUCCAGAACGUCGUCUCUACCGCCCUCUCGUACUUCAUCCCCACCAUCCUCAAGGGAAUGGGCUUCACCUCCGCCGACUCGAUCUUGCUCUACGCCCCGCCCUACUACUACUCUGUCGUCCCCGUGAUCAUCACCUCCGUGAUUGCAGACCGCUUUGCGAUCCGCGGGCCGAUGAUCGUCUUCAACGCCCUGUGCCUCAUCGCAGGCAUGUCGAUGCUCGGGUUUCCCAGCAACGUGGCGGUGCGCUAUGUCGGCGUGAUGUUGGCGACAGGCGCUUAUGUUUCCAACUGGGCUGCGAUGAACGCCUGGCAGAUGAACAACGUGACGGGCCAGUGGAAGCGGGCCACUGUCGCUGCGGCCGUGAGCGGGUGCAAUGCGCUGGGCGGGAUCGCGGGGUCGUAUAUUUUCAAGUCUUCUGAAGCGCCCUGGUAUCCGACGGCGAUAUGGAUCAGUAUUGGAAGCCAUAUACUGAUCAUCGCUGUCGUGGCGGCGUGUGGGUGGUUGUUCUGGAAGGCGAAUAGACGGGCGCGGAAUGGAAAGGAAGUCAUUGAGGGUGUCGAAGGCUUCAAUUACAUAUAUUGAGAUCUCAGCGUUUCAUUCUUCGGUUGGUUAGUAGAAUUUAGACAUCUAGAAUUUCCCUAAGAUACCUUUUCGAUAGAUCUUUAGAGCGAGCUUCAAAAAUCAGUAUUUGAUACUUUG